UAUCGAUACUCCAAGGCCCUAUUCGUGUUGACUUGGGAUAUGCACCUGGUUGAGUAUGAGCUCAUUGUCACUCACAACGAAUCCGAUGAAAAAGUUAGUCAGGAUAGUCCAAUAAAGCUGCGCUGCUCGCCACUAGGUCAGUGGCACUUGCACGCCGACUCGACGCCGCGAAUGCCGCCUCUCUCGAUCACGCACCCCUUGGUUAGUCUCUUUCUACCACUGUCACCGCUAUCCACAUCGUCUUCUGCAUCAACUGCGGCUACCACUGCCACAGGCCUCGAGGACAUCUUCGAAUCUCGAUCGGGUAUGCAGUGCCUUGUUCGCACUAGUCAGUUGGCUGUCUUCUUCCUCACCACCUGUUCCCCUUCGUUCCCAAUGGUCUGA